CUAAUAGUCUGUUGUGAGCCCUCUAGCGGCAGACAAAUAAAUUACUUUAGUCUUGAUUUUCCUGCAAGAACACGAGUUGUUUCACUUCAGAAGUCCGAGAGAUUUUAGUGAAAAAGUCAGGGUAGAAACCCUCAGGGCCAUUAAGUUAGGGCCAGAAGUCUUCGAGACUAAGUAAGAAACAUUCAGGGCUGAACUACAGCAAAGUGGCGACGAGUCUAAGGGAGAAAUAGCAAGAAAACUGAACCUCGUGUGGCCGCCAUCAUCGUUAGAGAGAAUUCGCGUGUGUGGAAGCAGGAUUUAAUCGUUGAAAAUCAAGAAAGCAAGCGGUCAUCCGGGUUUUCCCAGGGUAUUUAUUGAAUCCAACAUGAGUGAUAAAGCGAAAGUAAUUGGUUCAUUUGACCCCAAAGGGGUUCUGUCAUUCAGCCAGUACCUGAGCAGGUGGAAGUUCCAUUUCGCUGUGAAGAAGGUGACAGAGGACGCAGACAAGAAGAACAUGUUCGUUGAUCAUCAAAGUGAAGAAGCGUUUGAGGUCUUCUGCAAGGUGAGUGACCCUGAAGGGAUUGAGGCCAUCACCUUUGCGAAGCUGACUGAGAGGUUGGCAGUUUAUUAUAGACAAACAGAGCCGCAGACUAUUGUCUAUAAAAAUGAGUUUAACCAGAGAGUCCAAGGACCUGAUGAAUCAGCUGCAGUAUACCUAGCUGAGCUGACUAGUUUGGCCAAGAAAUGCAAAUUCUCAAAAACGGAUGAGUUGCUAGUGCCCAAGAUCAUUUCAGGGUUGCGAGACCUGCGGCUGAAGCAAACGCUGCUGGCUGAAGAGGAUGCAAAGUUGACUCUAGAUUUUGUAAAGACAAAGGUCCUCGCACAUGAACGAGCUGAACUGACCGCAAAGGCUCUUGGGCUGAGUAGCUCGCAGGGUACAGUGAACAAAAUUGGCCAAGAAAAAAAGUCCCAGUGGAAAAAAGGUCAAGGUCAGCAAGGUAGUGACCAAAAGCAGCAUGGACAGGUCACCUGUUUCGCCUGUGGUAAAGACGGGCACAAAUUCUUCAAAUGCAAGGUCAGAGACAAAUUAACCUGCAAGAAGUGCAAGAAAAAAGGGCACGUUGAGCAAGUGUGCAGAAGUUCUACUCAGAAGGCAGCGCACCAUCUGGAGGACCAAGAAGAGGGAGAAGAUGAGGCCAGUGGAAGCGAUGGCCAAGAACAAUUGCAGGCAGUGACAAAUUACCUGCUAAGAGUGGAGUCCACAAGCAAGCCACCAGUUUCAGCAGACCAGAAGCUGAUGUUGGAAAUUCUGCUGAAUGGCAAGCCCUUGAUGUUGGAAGUGGACACUGGUGCGACAUUUUCGCUCAUUGGACUCUCCACUUAUGAUAAAUAUUUCCCAGACAGAAAAGCGUUGCUUCCAAGCAAUGUGCGGAUGAAGGCGUGGGGUCAGCAAGGGGAAAUUAGGGCAGCAGGAAAAGUUCAGGUGAAAGUGACUCCAAAAGGUGGCAAGCCGGUGAACCUUGAACUGUUGGUCAUGGAGCAGAGUGGACCUUCGUUGCUUGGGAGGAACUGGUUCAAGCAGCUAGGAAUUGCAGUGGAGUUGCCCAUUAUUCUGAAGACAGUGGACCUGAAAAAGGAGCCACCUGACCCUGAAAGACUGCCGGAGAUCUUCAAGAUGACACAAGUGCCGCCAGAAUUUGAAGAUCUCAAAGAAGUUUUUGAACCGGUGCUGGGAAAAUGGAAGGGAGAACCGGUUCACAUUCCGCUCAAGAAAGGAGCUACACCGGUGCGGCACUCCGCCAGACGUGUGCCGUUCGGACUGCAGGAGAAAGCGAGUGCUGCAAUUGAUGAGUUAGAAAGAAGAAAAGUCAUCGAAAAAGUGAUGUUCAGCGAGUGGGCUACACCGGUAGUGUAUGUGGAGAAGGGGGAGGGAGUGCGCCUGUGUGCUGAUUACAGCGCCACCGUCAACCCUUUGUGCUCAGCAGCUGAUUUUCCGCUACCCACUAUUGACAAACUGCUCGCCGAGGUCAAGCCGGGGUGCUUCUUCACCAAAAUUGACCUGGCAGACGCAUACUUGCAGUUCCCUGUGGAUGAAGCGUCAUCGGAGGUGCUCGCAAUUGCUACUCACAAAGGUACUUACAGAUUUUUGAGAUUGCCCCCAGGGCUCUCCGUGUGUCCCCCCAUUUUUCAAAAGAAGAUUUCGGGAUUAGUUUGCAAAAUCUCCGGAGUGAUUGUGUAUUUUGAUGACCUCCUGAUUUUUGCAUUUACCAGAGCACAACUGAUUCAGAAAACAAGAGCAGUCCUGAAAAUUUUUAUAGAAAAUGGGCUGAAAGUGAAACUGACCAAGUGCUCAUUUUGCGUUCCAGAGUUGGAGUACUUGGGAUAUUCCUUCACUCAAGAGGGGAUCCAGCCCAAGAAGGACAAGCUGGAGGCGCUGGAGAAAAUGCCACCACCACAAAGUAUUGAAGACCUUCGAGCCUUGCUAGGGUAUUUCAACUACUACGACAGAUUUGUUCCAAACAAAGCUCAAAUUCUUUUUCCGGUCUACAGGUUGUUGAAGAAGGGCGUUCCAUUUGAUUGGACCCCUGAGUGCCAGCAGUCUAUGGACAAGAUGACUAAGUUGCUGGUCAACUCAUUCAGCUUGGCGUACUUCGACCCAAAGAAAAGAAUUCGGUUGGCCUGCGACGCCAGCAGGAAGGGGCUGGGCGCCGUACUGAGCCAGCUGGAGGACAGAAUGGUAGAGGUUGAGCUGGAAGCACUUGCGAUUGUCUGGGCCGUGAAAAAGCUGAAGAAUUACUUGUGGGGACAACAAUUUGAAAUUUUGACGGAUCACAAGCCGCUGCUGGGGAUUUUUGGCAAAGGAAAGUUAAUGUCUGAUGACCUCUCCAGCAAGCUGAAAAGGUAUUGCUUGUUCCUGAGAGAAUAUAAUUUUGAGCUGAAGUUUUGCCCUGGAAAAGAAAACUGCAAUGCUGAUUGUCUGUCUAGGCUGCCACUGCCCGUCCUUGAAGAUGAAGAGGAGGAAGAGGAGGCUCGAGUAGCUUUCUUGCAGGCUAUCGAGUUGCCGCAGAGCCACAUUUCGCUGCAAGAGUUGCGAGAGUUCACUGAGAAGGACGAGCAGCUCAGACGUAUUCAACAGAAAAUCCUUCAAGGUACACAUCCUGAUAAUUUAACAAGUGAAGAUGGAGAAUUUGGAAAAAGGUGGAGAGAUUUGAAAUCCACUAAUGGUGUGAUUACCUUUGUAGGAAGGGCAGUGAUUCCCCGAGACUUGAGGAGCAAAGUCUUGGGACUUCUACAUUUGAAUCAUUUUGGCCAGACGAGAAUGAAGACUUUGGCCAGGACGUACUUUUGGUGGCCAAACAUGGACGAGGAAAUCGAGCAGGUUACGCUCUCGUGCAUGCCUUGCGCCAUCACCAACAGAGCGCCAUCGAAGGCGCCCAUCAUUCCGUGGUCGGUGCCCCAUCGUCCAUGGAGCAGAGUGCAUCUGGACUUCUUCGAAGUGGUGCAUGGCAAAAGCUACAUUGUUGCAGCUGAUGGACUCUCCAACUGGAUUGAUGCCGAGAGAACGAACAACUUGGAGACUGAGACGGCUAUCAAGUACUGCAGAAAGCUUUUCCGAGUGCAGGGCUUAUGUGACAUUUUGGUGUGUGACAAUGGGCCUGCAUUCCGAGCUGAAAAGUUUAAGAAGUUCUGUGAAAUGAAUGGAAUUGAACUAAUUUACUCUCCUCCGUACAGCCCCCAAACUAACGGACUUGCAGAGAAGACUGUGCAGACUGUGAAAUAUUUCUUGAAGAAAGUGCCUGAGAAAGAGUGGGAGCUAAGACUGGACAGUUUUCUGUUGGGACACAAUUCAACUCCAAGUUCUGCACUGGGAGGAGUGUCACCUGCAGAGUUCAACCUGGGUCGACGACCGCACACCCUUCUGGACAAGACUCGUCCAGCGUCGGCUGUCGUAAACCAAAAGGCAGCUCGGGACAAGAAAGUGGCAGCUGCCGUGGCAGAAAAGCCUUUGAAGUUGGUGCCAGAUGACCAGCCAGUGGUCCUCCGGAGCUACCGAAACCCUAAAGUGAAAUGGGAAGCCGGAGCCGUGGUGACCCAGCUGGGUCCUCGACGAGUGCUGGUGGAGACAGAGGCAGGCUUGACUGAGCGACACACUGACCAGAUCAAGAAAAUCAUCAGACCUGCCGAGACACCGCCAGAGCCACCUCAAGUGGUCCAAGAAGUGCCCAGAGUCCGCCCCGACGUGGCCCCUGAUCCUGUCCUUGAUUCGGAGCAGAAGGAUGGACCGAAUCAGGGCCCCCUGGGAAGUGGAUUGGCGAAGAGCGAACCACCAGACAAAUCACCAAUGUCGGUGCCGAGUCCCACUCGAGUCCAACCAACUCCACCUAGGCGCUCUCAAAGAGCUGCCGGAUUGCCUGCUAAAUUCAAAGAUUUCAUUGUGACCAAGAAAUAAUUCAGUUAAGUGAAGUGAGAAAUUAAAUUUAAUUUUGUAAAGCAAGAAACACAUCAAGAAAAUAAUACUGUACAAUUUCCUGUUCGAACUUCUAAAAUUCGUCAAUAACUUUUCAAGUAAUUGAAUUAAAUUGAUUUCCAAUUUUUAUUUCCAUUCUCAUUUGCAUAUUUGUUCAAAUCUCAGGAGGGAGGUGUUGUGAGCCCUCUAGCGGCAGACAAAUAAAUUACUUUAGUCUUGAUUUUCCUGCAAGAA